CUGCUUGACCAUAUAGUUCUGGCCUCCGCGCCCACAGCGAUCAAUUGUCCGCGUCAGCGCUCAACACACGAUACACAUGUCCUCGCCCGAAGAGGAUGAGUCUCACGACGUCGCGAGUGCCUCCCAGCAUGUGAAGAAGAGGCGUACGGCACACCGAGCUUGCGACAUCUGUAGGCACAGAAAGAUUCGAUGUGACGGAGAACGGAUGCCGAACAGCAGGUGUACGAAUUGCAUUACGUACGGUUACGAGUGUACGUAUGUUGAAGCCGCGCAGAAACGAAAUUCCAGUAAAAGAUAUAUAGAGAGUCUGGAGGCUCGUCUGGAGCACAUGGAGAAGCUUUUGGUCAAGCUACGUUCAGACGCAGACUUGCCCAAGGAACCCGACAAACAUUUGGAUAACGCCUCAUUCUUUACUGAGCGUAACGCUGAAACUGGUAGGCCCACCGUUGCGCGACGAGAGCAAGUUGUCCCCCGCACUGCCGCUUCUCUCUCUCCCGAUGUAAGGCCUUCGGAUCCGGACGUGUUGGAGCCCAGCGACGAUGAGGUCAUGGCUCAGCACACUCUUAUGCAAAGUUUUAGAAAAAUGUCCAUAGAACCGAACGUACCUACAUUUUUGGGGAAAUCAAGCGGCAUAAUGUUCGUACAGAACGCUAUGGAUAUGAAACAGCAAUUCUCCGGGAUUGGAUACGACGAAUCGCCAGAGGGCGCUCAGAUGCGUCCGGAGAUUCUUAAUGGCAGUCAUCAGCCGAAAUUCAAUGGCCGGCAUCCUUGGAUGUCAGCCCAGAUGGAAGAACGGCUGGAACCACACAAACCGGGAAGCUUUCCAGACGAAGACCUCCUGUGGAAGCUCGUCAACCUUUAUUUUGAUCAUAUCAAUGUUUACAUGCCACUCCUCCAUCGGCCUACUUUCGAUGCCAACAUCAGAGACAAUUUGCAUCUCCGUGACGAAGGAUUCGGCUCCAUCGUCCUGCUUGUUUGCGCUAAUGGGGCCAGGUUUUCCGACGACCCGCGUGUAGUUCUACUCGACGAAGAGAGUGGCGAGAAGAUUCCUUCUUCACGAGGAUGGGAGUGGUUCAGACAAGUGCAUAUGAUACGAAAGUCACUCCUGUCUCCUCCACAGCUGCACGACAUCCAAAUCUACUGUCUCUCGGCCUUCUUCUUGCAAGGAUCCUCUACGCCGCAUACGGCCCGAACCAUUAUUGGGGUCUGUCUCCUCAUGGCUCAAGAUGUAGGUGCUCACCGCAAAAAAGUCUACAACACCAAGCCAACGGUAGAAGAGGAGCUGUGGAAACGUGCAUUCUGGGUUCUAGUGCUGAUGGACAGAUCGAUGAGUUCUGUUCUCGGACGGCCAUGCAUGAUCCAAGAUGAUGAUUUUGACCUCGAUCUGCCUAUUGAGUGCGACGACGAGUACUGGACAAACCCGGACCCCGAUCUGGCAUUCAAACAACCGCCGGGGAAGCCAUCGGUCAUGGCGUAUUUCAACAGCCUUAUCAAGCUGCACCGGAUCCUCUUUUUUGCUCUGCGUACCAUCUAUUCCAUAACAAAGUCCAAGGCGCUAUUGGGCUUUGUUGGACAGCAAUGGGAACAACAUAUCGUCGCGGAGAUAGAUUCGGCGCUCAACAAGUGGAUCGACUCUGUUCCUGAUCAUCUACGAUGGGAUCCGAAAAGAGAGAACAUCACCUUUUUCAACCAGUCAGCCACCCUGUAUGCGUCCUAUUACAUGUUGCAGGUGCUCGUACAUCGGCCAUUCAUCCCGUCUCCGCGCAAGCCAUCUCCGCUAUCCUUCCCAUCACUGGCUAUCUGCACCAAUGCGGCGCGCUCGUGCACACAUGUCCUGGAUGUCCAGUACAAACGUACCGGUACUCCACUUCAUUUCAACAUGAUGGCGUACUUCAUGUCUGGGAUCGUGCUGCUGCACAAUAUCUGGGGUGGGAAACGAUCGGGGUUGACGGUCGAUGCCAACGAAGAGAUGGCGGAAGUCCACAAGUGCAUGAGGAUGUUGAAGUGCAUUGAGCCCCAGUGCCACAUAGCUGGUCGGCUAUGGGAUAUUGUGUACGAACUUGCGUUCGUUGGCGACCUGCCCCUGCCGAGCACGCCUGUAAGCCAGAAGCGCGGACGGGAUGCGGACAGCCCAACACCCUCCACGUCGAAUGUUCCGAGCUUCGGUACGCCCCCUGACACAUCCAACCCGGAUGCCGCGCCGCGCAACAUCGCGGGAUCGAAGCGCGCGUCGAGAGACACGUCCUCGAUGUCCCCGUCGGCCUUUGUACAACCAGCGAUGUCGCCGCAGGUUGCACCUAAUCAGACUUAUGGCGUGUCUGCCGGCGGGAUUGGGCAAACGAGUGUGCAGGAUUUCUCGCUACCUAUACAUAGCGAUGAGCUUGGACGACUGCCGCUGCAUCCUGGAUUGGCGAUGGACACUCAGGCCCAGCCACCAGUGGACCAUUCGUGGUACGGCACCGACACCGCUGGUCCGUCCAGGAUGGACUAUCGUAUGGCUUCUGCUCCGCAAGAAGGACCCUCGACAGUUCCUAUGAGUGCAAACGGGAUGAAUGGCGAGCUCCACCCUGCAACGGCGCCGAUGUUCACUAUGCCGGAGCUGAAUUCCUAUGACCCGACCUUCACGACGAUGGCCGCACCGUAUGUGGCGGCUCAUGCUCAGCAGUACCCGUUCCAGCCGGAGUCUGUCCAGCAUCCGGGAGCGUCCUUACGUGGCGGAGCCCAGCAGCCCGGCCCAGAGUCGGGUUUUCCGGAGAACACGCUGGCGGUGUGGUCUGCGGCGCCGAGUGGAUUCGAGUGGGAUGAUUGGGACUCGUACAUCAGUAGUUUCGUUGGUGCCAUGAACAAUCCGAUGGCGUCGUCGCGGCCUGUUGGAGGGUGAUCUUGGUGGCGAGUGGACGUUCGCAAAGUGUCGAGGAUUCGCUCAACGAAAUCUAAGCACCAUCACCCCCACCUUUGAUAUGUAGCUGAAUGAUCUCGUCCUGAGUUAUGGACGUCGUGCCGUACACACUACUUAGACUUGGAACUUGAGCUUCGUAUAUUCAUGAGUCGGGUUCAUGUCCUGUAAAAGCCUUACUAAUUAUCCGCUGUAUCUGUAGCCCGGGCUCGGAUUGUACCCGAUAUGAGCCUGAGCAAAAGAGUGUGCGACCGUGCUCGACAUGGCCGAGGUAGACCUUAUAACAACAAGACACCUAUAUAGACUGCAUGAGCAGACAGAUACCAUUCUGUGUCUUGAGCCGCACCAGUGUAUAUAAAAUCCCG